AUGACGGUCAAGCAGUAUGUUGCGGUGUACUCCUUGUUGGAUGAUCAGGCUUGCCAGGAGCUCCCUCCUUCCUCCCCCCCUCCCUCUCCCCCGCCCUCUCUGCCCCCCCACCUCCUCUCUUCCUUUCCCCUCGCCCCUUUCCAUCCUCCCUCCCCCCCUCCCUGCCCCUCC